AUGCAUAAUCUAGAGUUUCUAGAAGAUGAGUUUUGUACGUCAUCGCGAGGUCGAAUAUUAUCACGGCUCGACACAGGAAGCCACGUUGCCACCGUCAAGAGUCACUAUGUUGUUGAACGCCGAGAAGAUGGAAGCUUUUGUGUCAGGGGACAUGGAAGAGGACUUCUGGCUUGGCACUUGCUAAAUCGCGUCGACCGCAUCGUGGUCUCCGGCCAAGAGUAUGCGGCAGGGGAUUGCGCCUACGUUCGUUUGGCCAACCCUGCAAGGCUUGAACCCGCCUUGUUACUUGAAGUAAGGGCAUCGGAAGUUGCACGUCGGUUUGUCUUGCUCGCAUGGCUUUACGUGCGGUUUGAUGCAGAGAGGCUGUUGGGCAUGGGCGACAUUAGAUGGGAAGGCUUGAAAGAAAUCAUGCCCAGCACGCACCUGCAGAUUGUUGACUGCGACACUUUGGAUGGUGUUCUGAACAGGACCUGCCUCCCACCUUUGACUCAUGUUCUGGAUAUCCGAGCAGACUGUGCUGCACUGUGGUCCUACUCUGAAGCGAAUGUCAGUUGGCUAUCCGCAAUGUUCCAGGUAGGAUCCACGGCUCGACUUCAUUGGAUGGAAGCGGAGCGUCGUCGUCGAUGGGGGAGACGUCUUGUGAGGCAAGAACUGUCUAUCCUUGGAAUUGCCCAGGCGGGAGCAAAAAUAAACAACAUGGUGUUGGCCAUUCACGGUGGCGCCCCUGAAGUUGGUAAGUCUGCAGCCUCCACUUGGUUUACUGUCUGA